AGGUUGUAUAUGUAUAUGCCGGCAAUCAGGAAAGAAUUGAGUCUCGACUUCGCGGAACUGGAAAACCUCGGUUGAGACAGUAAAUGGAUUAUUAAAGUUCAGAGAUCAGUGUUAUGUCAUCUGCGUUGUUUCUACGUCUUUCACGGUGACUUUGGAGCAGGCUAGUGUUACAUGAUAAUUGAAUGACAAACGUGAAAUACUCAACAAGUCACUCACAUUUAUAAGUGAGUUUAUCGACCAGCGAAAUUGGUAUUGAGCAGCUAAAGGAAAUUAGUUGUCGUACAUUGAUUGAAUCAUGACGACUGAUAAAACCGAAACGCCGAGACAACUCGUCAAGGUGCCGACCCCGAGUUUCGAACCACCAGAACGAUGGCGAAUUAUGAGAAACAUUCUAGCGAUUGGUUGCGCUUUUAUGGUGAAUUUCACAGCUUUCAUGGGAGCCGCGAACUUGCAGAGUUCGAUCAAUGCGGAUCAAUCGCUAGGCACAUUUACGUUGUCGGCGAUUUACGGUAGUCUGCUCUUCAGCAACAUUUUUCUACCCGCUUUAAUUAUAAGUUGGUUAGGAUGCAAGUGGACAAUGUCACUUUCUAUAUUGGCUUAUAUGCCUUUCAUAGUUACGCAAUUUUAUCCCAAAUUUUACACUAUGAUUCCCGCUGGAUUAUUGGUCGGAUUAGGCGGUGGACCGCUUUGGUGCGCAAAAUGCACUUAUUUAACUGUGGUGGCGGAAGCCUACUCAACCGUUUCAGACAUAGCCGCUGACGUUAUUGUUACAAGAUUCUUCGGUCUUUUCUUCAUGUUUUAUCAAAUGGCACAAGUGUGGGGGAAUCUUAUAUCUUCAGCAGUUCUUUCGUACGGAAUCGACACGGUCGUCGCGAACGUGACUUUGAACAGUAGCGUCGUAGCCGAAACUUGCGGGGCAAAUUUCUGCGGAGUUUCUGCGGAAAACGAAAAUCCGAAUCUACAGCGGCCCCCGGUGGAACGAAUAUACCUCAUUUCUGGCAUUUACUUAGGCUGCAUGGUACUAGCUUGUUUAAUAAUUGCGUUGGCCGUCGAUUCCUUAUCCAGAUACGAUAGAAACAGAGCCCGCUUGGUGAAAGGAGCGUCCGGACUCAAGCUCUUGGCCGUGACAUUAAAGCUAUUGAAAGAGAAGAACCAACUUUUGAUAUUGCCGAUAACGUUAUUCAUUGGAGCCGAGCAAGCGUUUUUAUUUGCCGAUUACAAUGCAUCGUUCGUUUCCUGCGCUUGGGGCAUUAGUAACAUCGGUUACGUGAUGAUAUGUUUCGGUGUCACAAAUGCCAUAGCUGCGCUCGCUACAGGAGCCAUCGUGAAGUUGACUGGGAGAAAGCCCGUGAUGAUUUUUGCCUUUUGUUUGCACCUGAGUCUUUUCAUCUACAUGUUACAGUGGAAACCAACGCCAGAUCAGGGUAUCAUCUUCUUUCUGCUGUCGGGUUUAUGGGGUGUGUGCGAUUCGGUCUGGCUAGUACAAGUGAACGCAUUAAGUGGUAUAUUAUUUCCUGGUCGAGAGGAAGCAGCUUUCUCUAAUUUCCGCUUAUGGGAGUCCACUGGCUCAGUGAUAACGUACGUGUACAGCCCCUAUUUGUGCACUGGUACGAAACUGUAUAUUUUAAUCGGGAUACUGUGCGUUGGAAUAGUUGGUUACGGUGUUAUCGAGUGGUCAGGCAUUCGGGCGGACAGAGCAGUGUCUGAUAAGCCUGAUUUCGAACUGAUGGCUGAAAGAGAGAUUAACCGGUAAAAUAUAAAAGCACUAGGUAUCGUCUUUUUCAGCUGAUGGAAUUGUAGAAAACUAUCGAGAUUUGUAUCUUUCAAUGUUACCGAAAAGUGCCAAAAAUAUAAAAAAACUUUAAAUAUAAAAA